AUUUAGUACACUACCAUGGAUAGUCUGAUGGAGAACUUGGAAUAUUUUCAUUUCAGAUCCGCAUUUGACGAUAUAGAAUACAUAACCGUUUUGUCUGCAGACGAUAUUAUUGAAAUGUCCUGUCCUACACAAGCUUUACCGGACACCUUUCCGCACGAUUUAACGGAGUCAGAAAUCUCAUUCUACUCUAACGACAAUAUGGACGUUAAGAGCGAGCUAGUCAGCGAACCUACAACCCCACAAGAAUCGAUCCCGACAACUGUAAGCCGAGCCUCCUUCUCAGACAUCAUUCUCAGACAAGAUACAGCGACAUGCUCAGAAAACAUGGACAUGACAAGCUGGACGCAAAAACAUCCACAGAACUGGAGCACACUAGAAGUACUAGAUUGGUUAUACUAUGUGGCAGAGGCCAGAAAUCUCGAUGUUGCAAAACUACGUGGAGAGCAAUUCAAUUCUGUAACAGGAAAAGAACUCUGUGAAAUGACUCUUAGCAAAUUCAUUGAACGCGACCCAGAGUAUGGUCAACAGUUUUAUGAAAUGUUCAGAAGAUUGGUGAAUGAAGCUCAGUUUAUUACGCCACAGCAAAGUGAAGCAAACCCUGAAACCUCCACCCAAUUUGCUGAACUCGUCAAAGCUCUACUCUCCACCUCAACAGAAGAUUGUAUGGACAUCAGCGAUGAGUCAACAAGCAAAAUGUUAGACAACAACCUAAUGACAGUGUUUGACACCACCGAGGGUACCUCCAAAGUCAAUAUUGGUGGUGAAUGGUACGACAUUGACGAUGAUCCAUCACUGUUCCCGUCUGACACGCCCUGCCCGAACUGGACCGACCCAGGCUACAUAAGCGGAGAUUCAGAAAUUGGAAGUGAUCAAGGUCAGAAUGACAUGUCCCUAAGCGUGUUCUCAGACGAAGAAAUGACCGAGAUUACAGGUCCGUCCAAAAAGAAACCCGUCAAUAGAAAAAGGAAUUCCUCCAGUGUCUCAAAUGACAGCGGCAUUAUUGAACAUGAGCAAGAGGGCGAGAAAAAGAAAUGCAACAGAGGACGAAAAGUUGGGCAAUCUUCAAAAGGAAAUCAUUUAUGGGAAUUCAUCCGUGAUUUGCUAAAAGAUUCCGCCUUCAACCCUACCCUGCUUCGCUGGGAGGAUAAAGAAACCGGAGUGUUCCGGUUUGUGCAGUCGGAGGCUGUUGCUCAGAUGUGGGGUCGCAAGAAGAACAACACGAGCAUGACGUACGAGAAACUGAGCCGUGCAAUGAGGUUUUGCAGAUCAGCAGGCUAUUUUGCAGACGUACCCAAAAACGGCAAAUUUCCAAAGAAAUUAUGCUUCCGUUUCGGGCAAAAGGCUCACGGGUGGAAAGACCUGUAGACAUGCUUAGAUAUUACUACAAGCGCGGGAUCCUCGAUCGCGUAGAUGGCAGACGCUUGGUCUAUAAGUUUGGACCAAACUCUCAUGGUUGGAAAGAUUGAAAGUUGGUGCAAAGAACUGACAAAAGACACCCUCGGUGCCUACACCAUGCUAUCGCCCUCGAACUGACGUGAAGAGACAUGCGCCAUAUCUGACACAGUGACGAGUUAUGUCGCGCAAGCGCAGAGGAACUACAAAAAAAAUCCUACGUGGUAGAAACGAAAACCCCCAGUGCUGAUAUGAUUCCAAAGUUAUUGUUGUAUAUGUGUUCAUCUCAAAAUGUGUAUCAUAUCAUUAACCAUACAAGAUAUUCACUGUAUAUUUAAGUUUAUAUCGACUCACGAGAGCCAAAAAUACAACACACACUAAGGCAGCUAUUGGAUGAAUUCAUAUAUCAACUUGUAUGUUGAGAGAAAACUAUUUGUCAAAUCCACUCUCUGAUACAAGUUACUGUUUAAAUUACUUAAGAAACUACUAUGAUGAUCUCUCUUAUAAAGUGACAUUUCAAGCAAAAUCCAAAAAAAUCUGACAAGGAACUGAAACUGAUCCUGAGGAGAUUGCGAGUCGAUGUGCUCGUUAUAAUAUCCACAAAAAAGUCCCACCAUGUGCUACAGCUGAUGUUUAAUUUAUUGUGUAAUUUAUUUAUUUAAUUUGACAUUUAUGUAUUGAUUGUUGAAAUCUAUUUUUGUACAUUUGUAAU